AUGGCACAAGAAAGCUGUAAUCUUGACAAAGAUGAAGCUGAGAUCCUCAAACCCUCUUCUCCUCCUCCUUCUCAACCUACGACUACUUCUAUCAAUAACCCACCAUCAUCAGGAGCUUCUGCUUCUUUAUGUUUGAAAUCUCCUCAAGAAUUUUCAGCUCAAAAGCCUGAAAAGACUGCAGCUGAAAUCUCUUGUAAAGUUAAGGCUGAGAAAGAAUCUCAGCCUUCAGUUCAAUUUAGUAAUAGGUGCUCUAGUUGCAAGAGAAAGGUUGGUCUCACUGGAUUCCGGUGCCGAUGUGGUGAUUUAUUUUGUUCCCGGCACCGAUAUUCUGAGACCCAUGAUUGCUCUUUUGAUUAUAAGGCUUUGGGAAGGGAAGAGAUCUCUAAGGCUAAUCCUUUGGUUAGAGCUGCGAAAAUCAUUAAGAUUUGA